GGACUGCUCAUAAACAGACACACACACACGUCUAAGCCAUGGACCUCAUAGAUCCUAUCGUGACCAUUGCAGAGAAGCUUUAUUCGCUGUGUAGCGAAGUGAAGGCUAACAAACAACGGUGUCAACGCUUAGCAAGCCGCGUAUCUGGUCUGGUGGAACUAGUACAGACCAUGAAACAGCAGGGUUUGGGUAACCAGCCGAAGAUUGUAGAGAGAGGCCUACGGGAGCUCAAACUCACCUUGGAAUCGGCCCAGGAAGUGGUGAAAAAAUACAUUUCCACCGGUUUCCUGAAACUUAUCUGUAAAGCGUUCGAGUUUGGCGAGGAGUUCUCUAGCUUGAACGAGAGGCUGAACGACGCUGAGCAGCUGCUAUCGCUCGCGCUGCAGGCGCAUCAGAGGAAAAGAAUCGAAGACUUGUUCGAAGAGUCGAGGAGAAGGAGAGAAGAUGAGGAGGACAAACAGAGGGAUUGUCAAGAGCUAGAGAAAUUGCUCCGGACGUUGACAGAGGAGACCAAGGAAGGCAUUUCAGAUGUGAAAGAUACAGUGGACCAAACCCAGAGAGAUGUGCAAGAAAUUAAAGUCAUGUUGGAAACACUGAAAAGACCAAGCAUUCAUCAGGAGACCAUCAGGGAGAUCCGCCCAGAGGAACUGACCUAUGACGUGCCCAUAAAGCCUAUCAUGAAAUCUAACGACUCAGAGGUUUUUGAAGGAGAGUACAAUAAGUUCACUGUGGCGAUCAAAAGAUAUACAUAUCCACUAAACACCAACCCAAGUGAAGUGCGAAAAAUCUUCAGUAAGGAGGUGGAGACCAUGAGGCGCUUUGAGUCACCCAACAUUUUGAGAAUGUUUGGGAUCUGUGUCCAGAACGAGAAUGGGCCAAACCCAGAAUACCUGAUUGUUAUGGAGUUCUGUGAGAAGGGCAGUUUGAGACAGGUGCUGGAUAGCAACUGCAGGUUGACCUGGGCCAUAAAAGCUCAAAUGUGCCUGGAUGCUGCACAAGGGAUAUACAGGUUACAUCAGUCCGAACAGAAGUUUAAAGUGCAUGGUUGCAUUAACAGCUCCAAGUUCCUGGUGGCGGCUGGUUACAGAGUAAAGCUGGGAGGCUUUGAGCUGGCUAAAACAGAGACUUCCCUGAGGAGGACUAAAAGUGGAAGGAGUUCCAUUUACUACAGCUCUCCACAGCAGCUUCAGAGUAUCCACUACUCCUAUGACAAGCCAUGUGAGAUAUACAGUUUUGGCAUUGUCUUGUGGGAGAUUGCAACUAGAGAAAAUCCAUUUGAAGGUUGUUCUCGUGAUGAUGUCUACCGCAAGGUGUACACAGAGCAAAUCAUAGAGCCACUGCCUCAAGACUGUCCGCAACAAUUAGCAGAGCUUAUUAAUGCAUGCCGCUCCUUUGAGCCCUUCCACAGGCCAACAGCUGGAGUUUUAGUCGACAAACUACGCAAAGUGGCAGAGCAGAUUAAGGAGGACUAAUCCAUGGAAAAAUGUGUUUCCUCUGAGAAGUCUUAAGGAAUCAGGGAUGUACAGCUGGGAAAACGCUGAUCAUGAAGUACACACA